CUCCAUUUGCGCAUGCGUAUAUGAUGGCAGACGCUCCAUUUUGGAUCUUCGGGGCUACAGUGGCUAGCUGUUAGUGUUAGCUUUUCUCUCUGCCGGGUUUCUGUUUUCCCGCUUUGAUAUUUACGUUGAGUGAACAGAGAGCCGCGUGGUGAACACAUCAAAGUGUUCCUGUGAGAGAGGGAUGGACGGAGAGGAGGACGACUUCCUGUCCGGGAGACACUCAGAUGACGGAGGCGGCACUCCAGUUCAAGAUGAGCACCAAUCAGACGGCGAGGAGAUGAGGAGCGACAGACACCAAUCUGAGGACGAGGCGAGCCACGAUGGAGAUGCUCGGCCGGCCAUGGAGACCGGCGGGGCGGCGAGCGGCUCGGACAACGAGGACCAGCGAGGGGCCGACAGCGACUCAGAGGCGGAGGCUCCUCGACCCGCCGACAGCGACGAUGACUCCCCGGUCAAACGCCGGAUGAGCGAGUCGGACAACGAGGAGUCGUCGCCCGUCAAACGAGGCGGCACUUCAGACAACGAGGAGGAAGGAGGCUCGUCUCCCGUCAGACGAAGGAGGAGCAGCUCGGACGUCGAGGAGACGCCCAAAGUGGCUGCAGACAGCGACUCAGAGCACGAGGACGCCAAACCCGCCGCGUCUCCGGACCGUCGGUCCAACGCGGACAGUGACUCUGACACAGAGACGCACGCCAGACGGAAGGCGGCGCAGAUAGACUCUGAUAACGAAGAGGAGGAGAAACGACCGGAGGAGACGGAGGGAGGAGGAGGAGGAGGAGGAGGAGGAGGAGGAGGAGGGAAGUGGAAGGCUGUGAUGCAGUCUGACAGCGAGGAGGAGGAGGAGGAGGGGAAGAGGACGAAGGCUGCAACACGAAGUGAUGAAGAGCAGGAAGAGGAGGAGCCAAAGAGGCAAAGAGACGACAGUGAGGACGAGGACAACAAGCCGGUGAAGAGGAAGAAGGCCAUCCUGUCCGACAGCGAGGAUGAGGACGAGGAGAAGGCGGACAAACCGGCCGUGAAGAGGAGUCGGGCGAUGUCUGACGACGAGAACUCGGACAGCGAGGCGGCGUCGGGCGGCCCCGAUAAGAGCAUGGCGGCCAAGCUGAGAGAGCUCGGCUCGGACAGCGGGAGCGACGACGACGAGAGGUCGAAGGCGGCGCCGGGGCAGAAGGACGAGAAGGCGCUGUUCGGUAGCGACAGCGAGUCUGGAGAAGGAGAAGAGGAGGAGAAAAUGAUCGCUGACAUCUUUGGAGAGUCUGGAGACGAGGAGGAGGAGGAGUUCACG